AUGUGCAGUUUUUUGGUGACAUCAUGGCUUAUAUCGAAUCUAACAGCCGUGAAUUUUUUCUUGCUGCCACGAGGGCCAGAUGGCACCAGGUCUCUCCAGAAGGGUCCUUUCACGUUCGUACACAAUCUCUUGCAUAUGACAGGUGAACGAGUGUGGCAGCCAUUUGUCGAGGACAAGGUGGUUGCCGUGUACAAUGGGGAGAUCUACAACGCACGCCAGGUUCCUCCGGGGUUUGAGGGGCGACACCUGUAUCGAUCUGAUGGGGAGUGUCUGCUGCCGGCCUAUCAACACUUGGGACCUCACUUCCCUCAAGCAUUGGAUGGUGAGUUUGCCCUCGUGCUGGUAGAUUUUGAGCUGCAAGUGGCAGUGCUGAGCACGGACGUCUUUGGCACAAAGCCAUUAUGGUGGAAGGCUAAGCUCUGCCUGGACCAGCUGGAGCCACAGGUGGCUCUUUUGCGACUGGGUAUCCCGGAAUCAGAGAUUCGAGCCGCAAGGCCAAACGAGGUGAUGCAGCUCACGCUCGACUUCAAGGCAGAAGCUCCACAACUUGGGGCUGUUGGUGUCAGUGGGGUCAGCCAUUAUGCCAUACAUGAAUUCGACUUGCGCCAGUUCAAGGAUUCAACGCAAGAUUGGCAGACUGCAUUUAGAAAGGCGGUUUGGAAGCGUGUAGCAGCUUCAAACCGUCCCACUUUUGUUGGUCUCAGCAGUGGCUACGAUUCCGGAGCAUUGCAUGUGGCGCUGGAAGCCGAAGCUGCUCCGCACAGUGUGAACUAUUUCACUGUGGCUGCAGAAGAAUUGCCAGAUCUGAUCGGCAGGCGUCUUUCCCACAACAGAUCUAUGUCUCGAGCCUUCCUGCUUAGCCUCUCUCUCCAGGAUUUUCAGACAGAACGAGACUGGCUGAACUUGGCCUCUGAGCCCUUCAAGUAUGGGAAAAGCAAUUGGGCGGGAGGCUCCGUUCAAGAAGAUGGAGCGGCUACUGGCCUUUCUGCAAUUUUCAGGCGCUGCCGCGAGUCUGGUAUACUAGUUUAUGUUUCAGGAGCUGGAGCAGAUGAGAUCAUCUCGGAUUAUGGCUUUCAAGGGGUCAAGUUUUUCCCCCACAGUGCAUUUGGCGGCUUGUUUCCAAAGGAUUUGUCAUCCAUCUUUCCGUGGCCGUCCGUCUUCCUUGGAACACAGAGAGACUACCUGAUGAAGGAAGAGGUUGUAGCAGGCAGCCAUGGAAUUGAAGCCAGAUACCCGUUUCUUGACAAGCAAGCCGUUCAGGAAUUCCUUUGGCUGUCCCACACUGCCAAAAAUCAAUUGUACAAGCGGCCUGUUCAUGAAUUCUUGGCCGCUGUUGGUUAUCCAUUCGAUGUGGGCAACAAGGACGGCUUCGCCGCUGGACGCAAUUUAAAGCUAUGGGGUACAACUGCGAUGGAGGUCAUAUAUGACUCGCUGAUGCCGAUACCCGCGCGCAGUCCGCUUGAUCAACUUGAAUCAAGAUCCUGCAUCUUGGGACCUGGCUUUCGGAGUGGUUCGUGGCAACGUGCAAGGUCUCAGCUCGUUGCAUUCCUCUCUACACCUGAGGAUGACGUAGAGGCUGUUGGAGAUCUUGGAGCUGCUCUUGUUGCAUUUUCCUCUCAGGCUGACAUGCUGCGUGAGUCUGAACCGUGUGCCAUGGGAGAGUUGUGUUUACAGUUGUUGGUGCUUCUACUGCUUGAGCCAAGCACGAAAUCCUUGCAAGUCAGAUUUGAGCGCCUAGAAUACCUUGUGCCGCAGAUUUUUUCGUUGCCCUGGGAAACAGUCAUAAUGUCUGGUUGGCCGCUCUUUGCGCUCCUGGUCCGUGUUGCGCAUGAGGUCGCUAUUGAUGUUGAUCCGAUUGGCAGCCACAUGGUCGACAGUGAUUCUACUGAAAGGGCUGCUACGAUGGAGGCGGCCCUGGCAAUUGUGGAAACCAUCCUCCAAGUUAGCGAUUCAAGCAAGGCAAGCAUGCGUCAGAUCAUCCCUUCUAUACAACUGGUUCAAGCUAAAAUGGCCCAGUGCUGGAUGCAAAGAGGGGAUCUUCAUGCGAUGUUGCUGAACUCUCGUAUGUUUGAAUUACUGACUUUGCUUGAGACAUUGAGCAAGCCUCAUUAUCGGGUCAAUCUGGCUGAUGCAUGGCACUUGGCCUAA